GAGAAUUCGGGCGGCGGCGGCGGCGGCGGGGCCGGCCCUCGAGGCGAGCAGAGCCCCGCAGUGUCGGAGCCGCCCGCAGGCGCUCGCCAUGGCCCCGGUGCGCAUCAGCUUCGUGGUGUCCUUCUCCUCGCAGGACCCCCGGUACCCGGUGGAGAACCUGCUGCGUGGUGACGGCCGGCGGCCGUGGCUCAGCUGCCCCCAGGACCGCAGCCGGCAGCUGAGAGCGGAGCUGCAGCUGGAGAGAGCCAGCGCCAUCGGCUACGUGGACGUCGGUAACUGCGGCUGCGCCUUCGUGCAGGUGGAGGUGGGGCGCUCCUCGUGGCCCCUCGGCCAGCCCUACGUCCCCCUGGUGCCCAGCGUCACGCUGAUGACGCCGGCCGAGUCGAGGACGGGCGAGAACCGCUGCGGGGUCCGGAUGUUCAAAGAAGCAGAUUUCCUGGCGCUGGCAGUGGGGCAGAAGUGGGACCGCCUGCGGCUCACCUGCAGCCAGCCCUUCAGCAGGCGCGGCCAGUUCGGGCUCUCCUUCCUCCGCCUGCGCACCCCGAUCGACCCCGAGCCAGACCCGCGCCCGGCACCGGAGGGCGCCGAGCUCACCGACAGCCCCUGGCGCUGCAGCCCUGCCUUCUGCAGGACUCUGUCCCCAGAGCCGCGCUCGAGCUCGAGGGAGGAGGAGCAGCUCAGGAGCCGCCUGCAGCAGCUGGAGCCGGGCACCGCGUCCCACGCCUGGAGCCCGGCCCGCCUCAGCCGCCCGGCCAGGAUGGUGCUGUCGGCGGCGCGGAGCCGGGCCAUGAAGCCCCGAGCCAGCACCAGCACCCCGGGGAGCAGCCCCGAGCUGCCGGCUGAGGACCGGGGAGGCCCCGCAGCACCGGGGUCCACGCAGGACGCCCCUGCACCCCCAAAGAGGGUCCGCAGGCAGCCGGGCAGCAGGCAGAGGGCUCACAGCCCCGCAGGCAGGGCUCUGCCGGCUCCCCCGGGGAAGCCCAGCGCAGGAGGGAGAGCCCGAGCCCAAGCCCGCGGCCGCAGCGAGGGACAGGCAAGGGCAGGCGGCAGCGGAGGGGAGAGCAGCGGAGGGGAGGAGGUGGGGCUGUGCCCCAUCUGCUCGGGCUGCUUCAGCAUGGCGCUCCUGCCCGCGCACGCCUCCCGCUGCGGCGAGGACGACUCCGACUCCGACGUGGAGCAGCCGUCCUCCCCCGGCGCCUGGGUGCCCUGCCCCAUCUGCGAGCUCCGGUUCAGCCCGGCCGAGGUGGAGCGGCACGCCAGCACCUGCGGGGAGUGAGGGCAGGGACCACGGGUGCCGUGCAGCAGGCUCGGAGCCCCCCCCUGACCCCACAGACCCCUCGCUGUGCGGGGGGGGGGGGGGACCGGGGGAAGCUGCGGGUAGCGGUGGUCGUGCGGACCGACCCCCUUCAGCGGGGUCCCACCGCAGACGGAGGGAGGAGAGGAGCUGCUGGGUUCCCUGCAGCGGUGCCUGAGAGGCCGAAGCCGCGUCGGUGGGGCUGGUGGGGACGGCAGGCGGGGCGCGUCCUGCCUGCCCCUCGUCUCAUCAGGCUCCCCGAGACACCAGGGCAGGAGCCGCCGGCCGAGGAGCCCCGGCAGCAGGGGGGAGAGGUCGCUUCCAGCCCGGCACCGGGGAGAAUGUGGGGAGGGGGGGGCUCAGCUGUGCAAAUGCUGUCUCGGGAGGCUCCUGCAUUGAGGUUUAAGGGCAGGCUGCGAGGGGAG